GUCAGCCUUUUCCUAUCUUUGAAACGAUGGCGUAUCUCAAGCUAUCAGCAUUGAGCGAUAAGAAGUCCCAUCCUAUAUCUGAAUAUAAAAUAUGGCAUUGUCUACGUGGAAGUCAUUAAGUCAUUUGCAAUAGCAAUGAUGAAGUUUGUCGUCCUAUCCAUCUGUUUGGCUCUUGCCCUCGGGGCACCAAUUGUAGAGAAGGAGGAGACUGUUGAACCAGAACUUACCAUCGAACAGUUGAUGGAUGAGCUUGUAAAAGCAAGGGAAGAAUACUACAAAGCCAUUGAGGCUGAGGCCAACACUCAGUUCGGGAACUUCCCAGAGGAACUCCAAACUAAAAUGAUUGAAGCUAAGUCCAACCUUGAAAAGGUUGUGGCCGAAGUCGGUAAAGUUGCAGAGGAGAUCGAGACUGCUCGUGUUGAGUUCCAAAAUGAAGUGAUUCGUGGUGUAGAGGAGCAAUUCAAUGAGCUACCAGACGUCGUGCAGAACGUUCUCGUUAGCUACAAAAACCUAUAUGAAGCCGUCCUUAUUGAGAUCGUUGGUGAGGAGGAGGAAGAAAAACAGGAGGAUGAAGAGGCUGAUAUGGAAGAGCUGGUGAAAGAAUUGGAGAAUGCCCGUGCUGAAUACAGAAAGGCCGCUGAAGAGGAGGCUCGCAAACAGUUCGAUGAGCUACCAGAGGAAAUGCAAGCAUUGGUCAGAGAAUUGACAACCGAGUACGAAAAGAUUAAAGAUGAGAGAAAGAAGACCAAGGAAGAGUUGAAGAAGUUCCGUGAUGACGCUGACGAAGAACUAUUGAAACAAGUUGAGGCCAUGUUCGAUGAGCUUCCCGAGGUUAUGCAAGACUACCUUCUCGCAUAUAAAGAUGCCUAUGAAAGUGUACUCAGAGAACUGAUCCUUGAGCUUAAUGAGGAGACGCAGCAGCAGGAGGAUGAGUUAGAGGAGAAAGAAGAAGAGAAAGAGAUUACAGAUGAAGAGUUUGUAGAAGAGAUUGAGAAAGCCCGUGUUGCUAUGAUGGAGGCCAUGAAAGAUUCACUGAAUGAGAUGUUUGAUGAGUUACCAGAGUCUCUUCAGGAUUUCAUCAUUGCAGGAACAAAGCUUUACAAAGAGUUCGAGGAAGAAAAGAAGGCAGCCAAGGCUGAACUGAAGAAAGUCCAAAAUGAACUGGAGGAAGAGCUGGUUGUUGAAGUGAACAAGAAGUUUGACGAACUCCCUGAAGUUGUACAGAACGUUCUUAUUGCGGAGAAAGCUCUCUAUGAGGCUGUUGUUGCUGAAGUUCUGGGAGAGGAAUCCCUUGAGCCAGUGGAAUAUGAGGCUGAGGAGAAAGAAGAAGAGAAGGAGAUUACAGAUGAAGAGUUUGUAGAAGAGAUUGAGAAAGCCCGUGUUGCUAUGAUGGAGGCCAUGAAAGAUUCACUGAAUGAGAUGUUUGAUGAGUUACCAGAGUCUCUUCAGGAUUUCAUUGUCGCAGGAACAAAGCUUUACAAAGAGUUCGAGGAAGAGAAGAAGGCAGCCAAGGUUGAACUGAAGAAACUCCAAAAUGAACUGGAGGAAGAGCUGGUUGUUGAAGUGAACAAAAUGUUUGAUGAACUCCCUGAGGUUGUACAGAAUGUUCUUAUGGCAGAGAAAGCUCUAUAUGAGGCUGUUGUUGCUGAAGUUCUGGGAGAACAAUCCCUUGAGCCAGUACUUUAUUAA